AUGGGGAAGAAAGCGACGGGGAAGAACGAGAAAAGAAAGAACACGCCGUUCGACGCCCUGCGCGAGGCCUUCGACAGCCUCGCCGCCUGCUCGCCCUACCCGCUCCCCUUCACGUGGGAGGACCUCGACGCGCACGUCUCCUCCGUCCAAUCCUCCAUCUCGCGCCGGUUCCGCCAGCUCCGGGCGCUCGAGGCCGCGCGCCCAGGCAGCACUAGUAAGAAUAAGGAAGGGGCUAACGAGGUGGAAGAAGAAGAGGUGGAGGAAGAAGAGGAGGAGGUGGUGGUGGAGGAAGAAGAAGAAGAGGUGGAGGAAGAAGAAGAAGAGGUGGAGGAAGAAGAGGAAGAGGAGGUGGUGGAGGAAGAAGAGGAGGUGGAGGUGGAGGAGGAAGAAGAGGAGGAGGAGGAGGAAGAGAACGACAAGCAGAUGAAGGAGGCCGACGACAACAUUGGCAAUCAAGCCAAGGAAGAUAAAGAGGGCGGUGAGGAUAACAAGCGCAAGCGGGAUGCCGACGAAGAGGCGGAAACAGGGAACUAUUCUGAUCCAUCUUUUGGUUUUGUACUAAUCAAUGAUUUAAUUGACUAUAUGAUUGGAAAUGGGCAGCAUCUCAAAGUUUUUCAUUUGGUACAAAUUUUAAAUUUGGAGGACAAGUAUCCUCCAUUUUCUCUUCUGAAGGGAUACAUUGAGAAGGCCAAGCAGACAACUUCUGUGGAGAUAUUUAGAAAGAAUGAAACACACAAGUCCUUGAACUUGGCUAUACCAAAGGAACUAUGGAUUGCACAUCAUCUAGCUGAGCAGAAACUUGCUGAUUCUAGGCAACGCAGUGCUAUCAUAGCAGAAAUUAAUUAUUUGAUGAGUGAAUAUAAAAAGGAACAAAGGUCAGCAAACCCCUCAAUGCCCUCGACAUGGGAUUCACAGCAGCCAACGAAACAUAAAAAGAGGAAGAGGAAGCGCAAGAAAGAGGAGCAGGAGCACCAUGACGAAGCACAAGACAACCAGCAGCAGCAGGAACAGAAUGAAAACAAGUUAAUUCAAGGAAAGCAACAUCAGCUGCAUCAACAAGAAAAUAAGGCGCAAGUGACAGAGCAGCAGCAGCAGCAUAUGAAACUGCCAAGGCCAGCUACCCUUAAGCUACCGACACCUGCUGUUCCUCUGUUUCUGCCUGCGCUGUUUCCUCUUGCGAUUCUUGUUGUCUUCUCCUUUUCUGGUUUUGCCACAUUUCUUCCGGCUCCUGCGGCUCUUGUUGAUUUUGAAUGUGCUGAUGCUGCGUCUUAUGUGGCUUCUGCUGCUGGUGCUGUUUCUCUUUUGGUUUUUGCUGCUGCUGCUGGUGGUGGUGGUUUUCCACCUGUUGCGUUUGUGGCCGCCGCUGAUACUCCACUUGAAAAUUGUGCUGCUGAUGCGAACUUGCAAUGGAGGCUGAAACAGCUGCAAGACCUGUGUAUAUAUGCUAAACACUGUAUAGUACAAAUGUACAAGCACAAGUUCCGGUUGGGAAUUGGUCGUUUUCGUGCCGCUGACACAUCUCCGGCUUAA